AUGGCACGUACCAAGCAGACCGCUCGUAAAUCUACUGGAGGCAAGGCCUCCACGAAAGCAGUUGGCCACCAAGGCCGCUCGCAAGUCAGCACCGGCAACCGGAGGUGUGAAGAAGCCUCAUCGUUACCGCCCGGGAACCGUCGCUCUUCGUGA